UCUGGGGGCUGGAUUUGGACACUGCACAGAAAUGGGCUGGCCCCUCCCUGCCCCUGGGCAGGCCUCUGGGACCAUGGGGCUUAGAGUGGAGUGCAGGGUUCCCAGAGGGGUCUCCCGAGAGCCCCAUAGCGAGAGUGUGUCCCUUCCCUGCCUUUGGAAAGAGACUGCAAUGCACAGUCCCCACGUUCCCUGCUCCCCACUCCUGCCCAGUCCCAUGGCCCUAGGUGAGGUCUAUUCACUGCACUGCUCCAGCCAAGUCUUGCCCUAGUAUUUCCUCCCCCCACCCCCCGGUUCUCUAUGGGCCCCUCCAGGGUCGUCACUACUCUGCUGCUCUAUAUCCCAGGUGCCCUGUACAGAGGGUAAAGGAGAGCAGGCUUAACCUGGCCCUGGCAUCGCCCCCAACGCCUGUCUCAGAUGCACCCCCCUGCGUGCUGCUCCUGCAUUGCACCACAUUCCAGUGAGCUCCGGGGCAGGCCGGCUCUGCUCUGCGGUGCACAUUUCCGGGUGCUGUGGGCAUGGCUCCUCCGUCCCUGCACCCACUGCCCAGGGGCACAGGGAAAGAGUCCGCACUGCCCUGUGCUAGCCAGGGAGAGCGAGCAGUCAGGGGCCUGCCCCCUGCCCAAAGUGACCCUGGAGAUGAGUGCCAGCAGCGGAGGAUAAACAAACUCUGGUGGUGGGUGCUGCCAAGAGCGCUAUUUAUAAAGGCUGAGUCAGGCCUGUGCCAGCCCUGAGCAGCCUGCACCCGGGAGCAGCCCACCAAGGACACGCCACUGAGCCAGGAGCUCGGGGGCUGCAGCAGCAGCAGCCAACUGCCCCUUUAUAAAGCCAAGACUCACCCCGUGUGUCUCCCCAUGACGGGCUACAGCUGCCCCUUCAGCUCUGCACUGCAGCCGGACGAGGAUCUGGUGGGCAGGUGCACGCACACCAGGCACAUGGAACAAGGCCUGAUGGCCCCAACGCCCGGGGGCCGGGGAUUCCGCAGCAGCCGCAUGGAGCCGAUCGAGUGCCGAGAUGUGUUGGUGCAGAAUGCGCUCUUCACCGGGGACCUGGAGGCGGUGCGGAAGCAUUUCACUGAGAGCGCUGCCGUCAACCUCAUCAUUGAAUCCAAGGGUGACGAGCUGCGGUGGACCAGCCGGAAACUCGGACUGUGGUCGCUGACCUACGAGCAGGAGCUCACCGCGCCGCUCCACAUCACGGCUGGGCGCGGCUACUUGGACUGCCUCAGGCACCUGCUGCUGAGGGGCGCUGCCGUGGACUUCGCACCUGGCGGUAAGACAGCUCUGCACGAGGCCUGCGCGGCGGCCAGAACGGACUGCGUGCGCCUGCUGCUCUCCUUCGGGGCUGACCCCAAGACUGUCUCUGAGGCUGGCUACCAGCCCCUGCACCUCUGCAAGAGCCCAGCCUCCAUCCAGUGUGCGCAGCUGCUGCUGCAAUAUGGUGCCAGCGUGAACAGCCAGACGGAGGAGGAAGAGGACACAGCGCUGCACGUGGCAGCACGGCACGGCCUGGAAGAGCACGUCCAGCUGUACCUGCGCCAUGGAGCGGGGCUGGAGGCCAAGAACGAGGAGGGUCAGACCCCCCUGAAUGCCGCCUGCGCCCAGGCGCACCCACCCCAGGACAUGGAGCGCUACUAUCGCGUCUGCCAGCAGCUGGUGCAGAGCGGUGCCAACAUCGAUGCUGCGGACCAGGACCAGCAGCGCCCGCUGCACCAGGCCUGCAAGAACGCCAGCGCCCGGGUGGUGGAGCUGCUGCUGGCCCACGGCGCCAGCGUCAACAUUAUGAGCUACAGCGGCAACACAGCCAUGCACAACAUCUUGCAGGUGGCGGCCUACAAGCUGGGGCACCGGCCAGAGCUCGUGGUGCAGGCGCUGCUAAACCAUGGCUCCAUACGCAUCUGGCCCGGGGCCCUCAUCAAGGUGUUGCGCUACUGCUGCUCCUCGCCUCGCACCAUCGAGGUGCUGAUCAACAGCUAUGACCGUGUGCGGGUCACUGACGAGUGGGCAGAGGCUGUCCCAGCUGAGAUCAUGCAGCACCCAGAUUUCUAUGAGUCGCUCUUCUCCCUGGGGCAGAGGCCCCGCUCCCUGCAGCACCUGGCCCGCUGUGCACUCAGGAGCUACCUGGAGGGCCGGCUGCUGCAGGUCUUGCCUGAGCUGCACCUGCCAUCUUCCCUGCACCAGUUCCUGCUGCUCAGCUUCGAGGACAUUCUCUACUAGGGGCCUGGAUUGAGUCACCUCUAAAUCCUUUUCUUGUGCCCUGCCCAGCCUGUGACAGCUCUGCUCUGCCCAGCCCAGGUCAGCUUUGCCCUUCCCACUCACACCAGCCAAAGCCAGCCCUUCUGUGCCCAUUCCACCCCAUACCCGCCAUUCCCACCUGUGCCAGGCCUGCCCUUUGUUCUCCCAGCCGAGACACCCUCUGCCUGCACCACCCCGGCCCAUCCCAUGCCCACAGGCUCUAUUGCUGUAGCCUGUGGUGGGGCCCUGCCUUUCGUGGAGCCAUUCCGCUGGCCCUGCUUUGUAUUAUGGAAUAAAUCCUGGUGUUUGUA